GUUGGUUGAGACUUUUGCAUUAGUUUUUGAAAGUUUGCAUUGGUUUAGCUAAGCUACCUUAUUAUUAUAGCUAUCUACCUAGUGUGGAAUAGUGUGUGAGUUUGUGUUUGAUUUGUGUAAAGUGAAGUGGUAAAAUGGGAAGGCAACCUUGUUGUGACAAACUUGGUGUGAAGAAAGGACCAUGGACUGCUGAGGAAGACAAGAAGCUUAUAAACUUUAUUCUCACAAAUGGGCAGUGCUGCUGGCGUGCUGUGCCCAAGCUGGCCGGCCUCCGCCGAUGCGGCAAGAGCUGCCGCCUUCGCUGGACUAAUUACCUCCGCCCGGACUUAAAGAGAGGACUCCUCACUCAGGCAGAGGAGCAGCUUGUUAUUGAUCUUCAUGCCCGUCUUGGCAACAGGUGGUCCAAGAUUGCAGCAAGGUUACCAGGAAGAACAGACAAUGAGAUCAAGAAUCAUUGGAACACACACAUCAAGAAAAAGCUUCUUAAGAUGGGGAUUGACCCUGUCACUCAUGUACCUCUCAAUAAAAAGGAAAGUUCCUCCCCUGAAGACCAAAAGAAUCUGCAACAACAAGAGCCUAAGGAAGGUAAUAAUGGGGAUCUCAACUCUGAGGAAAAUAAUUCAAAUUCAUCAUCCCCAACUGAAAAUUCUUCUUCAGGAGAAGAAUCUCUUUUGCUAGAUAGCAUUUGCAGCGAUGAUUCUCUAAUGAUGGAUGAUUUAUGGAUGGAUCAUGAAAAUACACUAGUGGAUGCAUUGUUAUGGGACACUACCCCUAAAGUGGAGGGCACAAAUACAAACACAAACAAUGUUGACAUGGGACUCACAGUGCCAUCUUGGGAGGAUAAUAAUAAUUAUGCUUGGUUAUUGGACUUUGAGGACAUUGGUGUUCAUGAUUUUGGUUUUAAUUAUUGUUUCAAUGAGAUAGAUCAUUCAAAUGCAAUGCAAACUAUAGGAAGUGAAAGAAAAGGGUCUUUAGCGUGAUAUGGCAGUGCAAGGAUAAAAAGGUAAUUUGGCUAAGCUAUGAAAAUAUGUACAUGUCACUAAAUACCAUGGCCUAAAGUUUUCUUGUUCUUGGUGUUGAAUUUUUAAUCUUUCUGAGUUUUUGGAAGGUUGGAAUGUGAAGAAGCUUUCCUCUCUUAUGAGUUUCCUUUAAUUUACCCAACCGAAAAACAAAAAUGAUAGCGAACCAAUCACCAAAAUGUAACUUUACUUCUUCCUCUUCUAAAUGUUGUAAGAUGUAACCUUUUAUGUGUACGGUAGGGACGUAACACAAGGGAAAUGUCAAAUAUUGGGUUAUAAAACCUAAU